UAUUACCUCCGGGAGAGCGCACCGUUCCACCUAAAUAUGUAAUAAUAUCUACCGGAGAUACCGGCAUUCCUCGACCUCGAGAAGAAUUCGAUCAAAAUGUGUCGCGAUACUCUGCUGGUAUGCCAGCUCACAAUGUACGAGGAUACGGAAGAUGCAUCCGAUAUAGACGAAGAUUUUUUCAACGCGUUAGCGCUUCUACACUCGACGGAAGACGACAGCACAGAAAAACUUCGUAAAAUGCUCGAUACGUUCAUCGAAAGAAGGUAUGGAUUUGACAAAACUUUGAUGGCGAGGAUGCCAAAGAAAUUUUUGCAAAAUACGAAAAUCUACGGGAAAUCAAACGAAAGAUCGGAAACGUCCUCGCGGAAAAGGAACAUCGCCUCGAAGAAAACCGGAAGUCAGUUGAUUUUUGGAAAUAAUGAUAACACGGCGACAGAGAAUAAUUGGAAACUGAUGAAAAUAAUUGAUACAACGGAUGUUGAGGAUUGCAGCGAGAAAGGAGACAUCCCGAGAAUAUCCAUUCCUGAUGAAGGAUCUGGAGAUGGAUUAUUGUGCAAGAUCUGUAACGGGGCAAAGCUAGGACCAUUGAUAUUGUUGGAGUGUCAAGAAUGUCAAGAAGUCUAUCAUCCCCUGUGCCAUCAACCCCCUGUCGUCGAUAUCGACGUCUACGAUCCAAGAAUCGUGUGGAGGUGUAGAAAAUGCAUGGACACUUCUUCCGUAAACUCUGUCAUCGCCUUCGAUGAAAAGAAAGUGAAAAGGUCUCGUCUGACCAAUGACGAGGGAAAACCCAAAGAAGCUUCCACAAAGAUGAACAAGUUAGUGAAAUUGAAUGGAAAUAUGAAGAAUGAAACUGGAAUCGUUGAUCAAACUUCGUCUGAUGUUUUACAAAGAAACAUUGGUGAAAAUGCUAUAAUUGCAAAAAGUAAUUUUCAUUCAAAUCACAAGACGAGGACAUCAUCGUCGAGUCAAUUGAGAAAACGAAUCGGUUCGAAACUUUCAGUCACACGUCCUAUUAUAAAAUAAAUAUUAUUUACUAUGUAUUAAUAAUACCAAGCAUUUAAAUUUAUAUAUAUAUAUAUAUAUAAUAAA